AUGCAGCACCCUCCAUCCGCGCCUAAUGCGCCGCGUAGCUACUCUCAAGCAUUCAACGCGUCACAGCCCAACGGCGCAUCUGCACCACAGCCUGGCGGCCCCGUGCCCGGAGCGCGGCCACUGGAUCCUAAUCAGGGCCGCGUGCAGCAAGUUGGUCACGCACGAGUGUUGUGUAUCGCAGACGUCCGAGGCAACCUUCGCCAGCUCAAUGACCUCGCACGCAAUGCCAAAGCCGACUACAUCAUCCACACCGGAGACUUUGGCUUCUACGAUGACACUUCCCUAGAGCGCAUUGCCGAGAAGACCCUCAAGCACGUUGCUCAAUACUCGCCCCUCCUCGCCGAGCCGAUAAAGCAGGAUAUCGCCCGCGCUGCACCAGGAUUGUCGAUACGGGAGCGAUUCCAGCGGGAGCGUUUGCCGCUUUCUGAGCUUCCAUUCUUUCUCAACAAGACCUACCGCCUCGAGAUUCCCGUCUACACGGUCUGGGGCGCGUGUGAGGAUGUUUCGGUAUUGGAGAAGCUCCGAUCGCAGGAGUACAAGAUUGAUAACUUGCACAUCAUCGAUGAGUCCCACUCGCGGCUGCUGGAUGUGGGCGGCGUCAAGCUGCGUCUGCUUGGAUUGGGUGGCGCCGUCGUGAUGCACAAGCUAUUCGACAAUGGCGAGGGCCGGACAACCAUCGCUGGCGGCCAAGGCACCAUGUGGACCACUSUCCUACAAAUGGGCGAGCUCAUCGACACCGCUAACCGCGUGUACGACCCUACGGAGACGCGCGUGCUUGUCACCCACGCCUCGCCUGCACGCGAGGGUCUGCUGAACCAGCUCUCCGUAACACUCAAGGCAGACUUCUCCAUCUCCGCAGGUCUGCACUUUCGAUAUGGCAGCUCGUACAACGAGUUCUCCGUCAACCCCUCCCUCGAUCACUACCGCGGAAAGCUUUCCGCUUCCAAAGCAUCUUUCAACGAUGUGUGGGAGACAGUUAAGCACGAAGUUGAACCAGCAGUGUCUGAGAACGAGGCGCAGAACAAACUUCUACAGCACGCACUCGAGUUGGUCGGCAAGAUGCCUGCCGUAGCAAAUGGGGGCAACCCGUUCGGUGGAGGCCCACUCAACGGUGCUGUUGACGAGUCUGCAUUCAAGAACAUGUGGAACUUCAACCUUGCCGAUGCCGCAUUCGGCUGGCUCGUUCUGGACAUUGAUCAGGGCCGAAUUGGCACGGAGAUGCGGGCGCAGGGCUUCAAUUUCUCUCACCGUGGCAGCAAGACACAACAGAGACCACAAGGCAUCCCACAGGCGCCGAUCAACGCCACCAUGGCACCGACUGGAGGCAAUCUUCCAACACCAGGUCAACAGGCGCCACACAUGGCCCAGCAGCAGGCUCGCCCGCAACAGCAGGGGUCAUCUCAACAGCAGGCUCCGUUCAACCAGCAGCGUGGCCAGCAGCAGCAGGCCCAACCAAAGCCUCAGCAACAACAGGCCCCCAAGGCUGCCACCCCGCAAGCCGGCCUCGCCCCCAACGGCACGGCAGCACCUAUCGUGAACACCCCGGCUACAAACGGGGCAGCAGCAGCAUCGUCUCCGAAGCCCGAGACCCCAGUGGGUAACAAGCCAGCAAAUGUACAACAAUCUCCACAGCAGCCUGCAGAGCCGUCCAAGGGCAUCUUCAUUCAAGGUCUGGCCGGCAAGGAUAUCACACCUGAGGAAGCCAAGACCCAAUUGUUCUCUGCCGAAGAUGCCGAGAAGAUCACCAACAUCGAGCGUGCCGGCCACGGGCGUUUCAUCGCUCACUUUGCUACGCACGAAGCGAUGAACGAAGUCCUCAAGCACAACCCAGCAAAGCAGCUCUCGGAUGAUUUCAAGGGCGUCAGCAUGGCUGCGUACCGUCCCAAGCCUUCUCGAGGCGGUUUCGGGGGUUCUGGUGCCGGCGGCUGGGGAUCUAGCCGCGGCGGUGCAGCUCAUAGGGGUGGUGGAGAGGGACGUGGCGGCUACCAGUCUGCCGGAGGUGCCACCACCGGAAGCGAUAGCGAAGGUGCCGGUCGUGGCGGUCGUGGCCGUGGCCGGGGUGGAGCUUUCAGAGGCGACAAUGGUCGCGGACGUGGCGGACGUGGACGUGGCGGCAAGCCAGACGGCGCGCCUUCCACCCCUGCACCGACGACGGGCGGCGAGUAG